AUGAAGGACCAGGAUAAUGAGAGGAUGAACGAGACUGAAGCUGAAAAGGAAAUCAUGCCGGAUUACCUUAUUGGCCGAGAGGCUGAAGAAGCGACUAUUGAUAAAAUCACUCUGUCCAUACACAGCACAGUCAUUAUUAUUUCUCCAGGAUUUGCCACAAUCUUUUCACCGAAAUCUUCCACGUACAAACCUGGUUGA